AUGACUACACGCUCGCCGGAAGUCAUUGGUGAGCGCUCUCCUCUGCUGUUCUGGGUCAUCUGCGCAGUGGCAUCGGAGGAUGACUUCCGAGCCCAGCUUGCUCCCAGAGUCAAGCAGCUGGUACUGAACACCAUUUCGUCCCCUGUACAUUCAGUCGAGACGGUACAAGCGUUGCUACUGCUCUGCUUGUGGCCCUUCCGGGCAUCCUUUCGCAGUGACGAUCCCUCGUACUUCUACAGCGGCCUCGCAACGCAGAUAGGCAUGCUGCUCGGCCUUCAUCGUCCCGCUCAGACUCAUGCUUACCGGCACGAGUGGGACUCUCAUCCGGUCCCGGGCUUCAGAGUCAAGACUACCACCUGGCUUGCAUGCUUCGUGAUCAACCAUCAACUGGCUUACUUCAACGGAGUACCACCAUCUCUCGUUGCCGAUACCCAGCUACUCGCAAUGUUGAACGAGCCGACGGUCAAUCCGACUCUCGCACAGCUCUGUCGCAUUUACUGUCUCCUCGCACAGUCACUGAAGGAGAUCAGCUGUGACGGGGUCCAUCCAUCUGGGCUUCAAGAUCCCAGUACGCGUAUGCAGAUGAUCCAGCGCUUCACGGCGCAACUCACAGCCCUACGAACAACUCAUCUCGAGCCAAUGAAUGACAUGAUCAAGGUGGUAUUCCUGCAUGCCAGAAUUCAGGUGCAUUCCUUUGCCUUGCACGACGACAUGAGCCCGUCGCCCGAGCUGCGUGGAGUCCUAAUCGAUCUAGAGAAUGACUCCUGCGAUUUGAUAGACCUCUGUCACGACAUGAAUUUAGCUGUUGCACCGAAUCACUUCUGGCUAGCAGUCGCGUACUGCGGAUGCGUGAUAGUCAGAAUACUCCAGUCACCGCUUUGCACUCAGCGCGAAACGCUGGAAGACAAGUUCACAACGAUGCAGCAAGCCCUCCGCAGUGUUGCAGCCUCGAACGACGACAUGUCCAUCAAAGCUGUUCUGGUGCUCCAGGCGCUACGCGUUUUCAAGGACAUCAAACAGACUCCACCCAUCUUGUCACGUAUGUCUGCUUGGAUCUCGUAUGAUUGCAGGCGGAUCUACUGGGAGAAUUGGACACGAAAUGGCUUCGGUCAGCAUCCCAUCGCUGGGAGACCGAGCAUUGAGCUUGUUCAGGAGAUUCCAUUUUCAAAUUCAGCAUCGGUAACAGAAAAUGCUUUUGUUUGGCAAACAUAA